CCCGAUUAUUUUGAUUCCGUGAAUAAUCAUGAAUCAAAUUGCAAACAAGGCCUUGAAUUGAACUGAAUUUUAAGUGUGUUUCUCUGAACCAUAAUCACGUGAGCAGCGCAAACUUCAAAUUACAUUCAACUUUUGCAUCCAGAAAUUUGUCUACGUGGAUUCUCAAAUUCAGUCCUUCUAUGUCACUGAUAGAGGUGACUACGCGUGCUUUCACCUUUUGAGUUUAGUCCCCAUAUCUCAAAGCUCAAAAGAGCAUUUUUGGACUACACGGGAUGGAGUAGUCAAGCGAUAUCAUGGCAUUUCCUGGGAAGCCUGUGUCGCAGCUUGUAGGCUCCAAUGGCCCCAUCCAUGCUGUCGCGUACUCAGCAUCUCCAGGCACAUACAUUCUCACCGGCUCAGCAGACCGCUCCAUCCGACUGUAUAAUCCACAGCCAACGACCUCUGCAGCCGAUGGAUCCCUACCAGAAGGCCGUCUGAUCCAGACCUACUCUGCGCACGGGUACGAGGUGCUAUCCCUCGCGGUGGCGGGGGACAAUGCACGCUUCGCCUCGAGCGGCGGCGACCGCACCGUCUUCCUGUGGGACGUGGCGACGGCGACGACGCUGCGGCGGUUCGGCAACGACGGGCACACGAGCCGGGUCAACUGCGUCGCGUUCGGCGGGGACGGCGACUCGGUCCUCGUCAGCGGCGGCUUCGACACGACGGUCAAGCUCUGGGACUGCAAGGGCGGCGGCAACGGAUCCAAGCCGAUCCAGACGCUGACGGAUUCGCGCGACGGCAUCUCGGCGCUGGCGGUCCGCGACGCAGAAGUCGUGACGGGCAGCGUCGACGGCCGCGUCCGCACCUACGACGUCCGCAUGGGCCGGUGCGUCGUCGACGUCGUCGGCCCCAGCGUCACCAGCCUCUGCCUCUCGCGCGACGGCAACGCACUCCUCGUCGGCUCGCUAGACAGCUCCCUGCGCCUCAUGGACCGCGCCGCGGGGACCUGUCUGCGCACGUACCGCGCAGAGGGUAGGUGGCGGAACGAGAGCCUCCGCGUGCAGAGCUUGCUGGGCGCCGGGGAGAGGUUCGUCGUCACCGGCGACGAGCUCAGCUGCGAUGUUGGCGUGGAUGAGACCGCUGAUCAGGACGGUAAGGUCUGGGCUUGGGAUCUUCUCACUGGUGAGGUCGUCGCCACGCUCAAGGUCCCGUGGGGUGCGGCUGCGAAUGGGGUUGGGGAGCGGAGGAGGCGGGCGGUCGGGCGCGAUGGGAAGGAAAAGGGACGCAAGAAUAUCAUGAGCUGUCUGGCGUGGAGGGAGGGUGGAUGGGGGAACCAAUUUUGCGUUGGAGGGAGCUCAGGGGUAGUAACAGUCUUUGGUACUGGAUAG